AGUACCAGUAGUUAAGUAAGUAAGUAAUAGAUAGUUCGUAUGCAAGGAGGACUCGGGGGAGUCGGGUUUCAACCGUGGUUUUGCGUGGGACAUCAGGCUUUCACAAGGUUAGCGUGUGCCGUGGUCCUGCUAUUCCAGAAAAACAAGAGGAAUAAACCUCGGCACUCAAACAAGUCCGCGCGCCGGCGCUGGCAAACGACCUAUCACUGCACUGGUCGGAGCAUAGCAAUCGAAGCAAGUGUCGCAGCGCAGCGACCAUCGCAUAAUCAUGCUUGCUAGGCUGUUCGCGGUUGUAGCGUCCUGCUGCUGUGUGCAGCAAGCACUGGCGAGAGGCCCAACACCAGCACGGUGUGUAUCUCCGGCCACUUGGGAAGGACGCUGCAUAACGUCACAGGUUGGCCAAUCGGCGAGUUUCAGUGAGGGAUUUUCCUUAUUCAGCUAUGACUCUUCCGAGGAGAGGAUAGCUAUCAAGAACGAGCUUGUAGAGGGAGACAAGCGUGAGUUCUAUGAAGAGAUCUUUCUUUUCAAACAGAAACUCGGGUACAAGAUCAACCUCAAGACUAGACAAUGCUUCAACUACACUCUGCUUGAGCCAUUCCGUCCGAUCGAAGUGCCGACAAAUGCCACAUCUCGCGGAGAGGAAUAUAUCGGCGUGUCGUCCGUGCCGGGAGCCAGCGUUCUUGUGACCCUGUGGAGUGCGGACACUACCAUCGGUCGCUAUAGUGGCAGCUGGACUGCAGUGGACUGCAUCCCUGUGAUGGACUCCUAUGUCAGCGCUACCAAGGGCUUCAUACACAGGACGUUCUAUGAUGUUGUCAUUGGGAUUCCCAAUCCAGAUGUAUUCGUUCCGCCGGGAGAAUGUUUUCAAUAGUCCGUGGCAGAGAUUGUAUAAUUACCGUCAUUGGGAUUCCCAAUCCAGAUGUAUUCGUUCCGCCGGGAGAAUGUUUUCAAUAGUCCGUGGCAGAGAUUGUAUAAUUACCGUCCGACUUACAAAAUUGAUUGCAUCGAAGUGACAAUCAGACUAAUCAUGCAUAUCCCCGGCCGCACGCUGUGCAAUGUUGAGCAAUAAACCUUUGAGCUAGCUACGAAAAUCCUAGCCAUAGCACUAGAGUCUAUACCUAGCGUCUUCUUCGUCUUCUUCGUCACGGUCAUCCUAGCCCCGCUCUCUAAUAAUCUACUACAUGUAGUACACUGAGAUUGUACUGCAGUGAAACCUGUCUAAGACGA